CUGGAACCCCGCGAACCCGAGAGUGUCAUCAUCGGUUCUGUAAAAGUUUUUAGUUUUUUUUAUACAAAAAAAAUAAUAAGCCCGUUCUUCGUAGAAAUCGAUGUGAUUGGAGUGGCAAUAUGAGCUUCUCGUGCACUAUAUGUACAGAUAUUUUUGUAUCAUCCGAUGAUAUCCAUGUUACGCCCUGUGGCCAUGCAUUCCAUUACGCUUGUAUUCUUCAGUGGCUAGAGCGAUCCAAAUCAUGUCCGGAAUGUCGCAACAAAUGUAUUGCCAAGAAUUUGACCAAGGUCUACUUGAACCAUGUCAUCAAUUUUGACAAUCCAAGUGACAAUGCUACGCUACUGCAAAAUUUGGACAAUAUGAAAUUAUCAUUGAGAGAAAAGGAUACAAAGCUAAAAAAAUUAGAGGAGGCACAGGAAGCUCAAAAAGGUGAGCGCAAAAAGAUGAAGAAAGUAAUAUCAUCGCUAGAGGGAACGAUCAGUGGCCAGGACUGCGUUCUUUCUACCUUGCGUCAUGAAAUGGGAAAGCUCCGGGCGGAGCAAACCCAACACCUAAAGCUGAAGGAGGAAAUGAAGAAGAUGGAGAAUAAAAUGCAGCUUAUGAAAACUGUAGAAUUUGCUAUUGGUUCUACCUGCAAGGAAAUAGAGGAUUUGGUGGCCAGCAACAGCAAUCCCCACACGCUGGGCGUGUUGGCGACGUCGCUAAAGCGAGAACUGCAAGCCAGUGAAUUCAAAAGAAACGAACUACGUGAUCGGAUCAAAUCCUGCCAAAAUGAUUUGCAUAAAGAGAGAGCGAAAUGUAAGGCCCUGGAAGACAAACUAUCCACCGCGGAUAGCGAGAUAUAUAGACUGCAACGGGAAGUGGACGCUUUAGCUAAGAAAACAGCCGACAGCGAUAGUAACUCGGAUGCGAGCAUAAUUCUCAACACCCCUGAUCAACCAGCAAAGCGGAAGCGCAAAAUUGACGAUCUAGACAUGAACAGGUCCACACCGAUAGAGGAUAAGGUGCGCAACAUCUUACAGUCGGAUUCGCCAUAUCUACCGAUUAAAUCAUCUGCAUUUGGACUGCAUCCGUCCAUUCUUCGACAUGGCCUCAAGUCAGCAUUCGGUAAAACUGAACCAAGCGCCAGAAGAACACUGACAAAGGCGUACAGUGAUCUAAGUGAUAAAUAUUCCUUCUCAAGUAACAUGCGGCCAUCGGAAAAUAUGCCUAUGCCUUCCGGAUUAGGGGAACCACUGAGAAACGAAAACAUCCCCAGUUCUGCAAGGAUUGUAAAAAUAAGCCGAAAUGGAGGGAGUGAACCGAAAUUAUCCUGUUCGGAUGAUUUGAUGCUACUGAAGUUUUAGAUUGAUACGGCGAAAUAAAAACAACGAUCAAUGUAAAGGAGUGAGAUAAUAAGAAAAACUGUCCGUUGUUACGUGCCUAUAAUAGUAAAAAUAAAUCUAAUGGAAGUUA